ACCUUUUAUGCAUAAUUUCUAGUGACUCUGGUGCAGAAUGCGACCUCCCUGUCUUCUGGAAAUCUGCCUUGGACUGUCCUUUGAUGUUGUAGUCUUUCUGGUACGGGUUCCUGAAUGACUUCUGUUUCAAAACACUCUUCACCAGAAUCUAAGAACAAAUAUGUUUAGGAAUGGGUUGAUUUGUAAAUGGAAGGGGCUGGUUAAGUAAGCAUCUGAUUAAUAAUUGUCUGGACAGGUACAGGGGUCUUUAGGUCGUUGAAUGGUUCUAUGGGUCAUGGGUUAGUUCUUUGGGUUAUAUAUAGCCAUAGGACAGUUACAGGGGUCUUUAGGUCGUUGAAUGGUUCUAUGGGUCAUGGGUUAGUUCUUUGGGUUAUAUAUAGCCAUAGGACAGUUACAGGGGUCUAUAGGUCGUUGAAUGGUUCUAUGGGUCAUGGGUUAGUUCUUUGGGUUAUAUAUAGCCAUAGGACAGUUACAGGGGUCUUUAGGUCGUUGAAUGGUUCUAUGGGUCAUGGGUUAGUUCUUUGGGUUAUAUAUAGCCAUAGGACAGUUACAGGGGUCUAUAGGUCGUUGAAUGGUUCUAUGGGUCAUGGGUUAGUUCUUUGGGUUAUAUAUAGCCAUAGGACAGUUACAGGGGUCUAUAGGUCGUUGAAUGGUUCUAUGGGUCAUGGGUUAGUUCUUUGGGUUAUAUAUAGCCAUAGGACAGGUACAGGGGUCUAUGGGUCAUUGAAUGGUUCUAUGGGUCAUGGGUUAGUUCUUUGGGUUAUAUAUAGCCAUAUUAUGGAUUGGUUCUAUUGGCAUGGGCUAAUACCAUUUAUUUGUUAUGUGUAUAAAGUGUUCCAAAAUAAAUGCCCUGUGUGCAGGUACAGGUGUUUUCAAAUGCAGUACCCACAUCAUACCUACCAUUCAUUUCCAAAUACAAUAUAACUAUUUAUUGUGACAAAAACAUCAGU